AUGACAAGCUCCUCGACAUCAAAUGGAGGUUACUACGACUUUGACGGCAACAUGCCGAAAGACGCUCAUCAACUGAUCGAGUCAAAAACCCUGCAUGAGCGCCUUCAUCAUAAGAUCUUCCAAUACCAGUCCAUUAUUCUAUGCAGAAACGGAAUCAACUGCCGCUACAUAGCACCGAUGGGCAUUCACCUAGACUAUCCAUUUGCUCAUCUCUUCAGAAUCGAAAACACAAACAUGCCCAAAGAAGUCUAUGCUUCCUUUGGUACCUCUGUUCAGUCACCAACGGCAUCACAUUCGACAUUAGAUGGCUCUACCAACACAUUAACGCAUAACAAGGUCAAAGAAACCAAAACAACCUUAAUCCUUUUUUUCAACCCUCACACCAUAUACUUCUUCCACCGUCCUGUCCAAGUCAACACCAAGUCAAUCAAACUGCAUGUGUUACCCACGCUCAUCCACCAUAAAGACUAUCAAAGAGGAAUCCGACCCGACUUCAACCUCCAUGACACCAAACCAUACGAAGACUUUCAAGCCCACGCAUUUCGCCUUAACAACGCUAGACAAACAUUCCCAAUACUGUUCAACUACAGCUGGUCCUAUUACCCAUUCGACUACCAGAUGAGCCUUGACGAAGACCUUCAAUACUUUAUGGAAAGUAAACAGACAGGGGCAGCAACACAGAAAACGAUGAAGCAUAACUUUCCAGAGACCGUAGAACAAGAACCGACGUCUCAACAUGUACAACAGGAAUACUUCCAAGAUGCACAACUUCCGGACGACGAGAUAAAUAUCGACGAGAUAGGAAGAAAAUUCAACAUUGACGUCAAUACAAAAUCAGAAGAAGACUUUGAAGAACCGGAAGAAGAGUAUGAAUGUCCAGAUGAUCACUAUGGCUGCUGCGACAAGCACAUCAUCCAGUUCGAAAUGGAUCACUCAAUAAAAUAUCUAAGGAAUAAAGCGGGCUCUUGUGCAUAUUGCAAAGCUGCAAACAAGGGAGAUUCCUGCAGAGAAGAUGGAGGGUUACCAAGAGCGAAUUCCCAGUACAUCAUGGCGCUUCAAGAAGGACCAUCAACCUCAAGAGCGGAGAUGCUUCAGCAAUUAACUUUGAUCAGGUUAUGA